GCGCAACUUCGGGGACGCAGCGGUGGCACAGACAGUGAAUUUUCUGCUCGUCCACAACUACCCAGAAACCUUUUGUUUCUGCCAUAUUUCUAGUGUCCUGAUUUUUUUUAUUAUUUUAAUCUGUGGCUGAGCGUCCAAUAAGAAAGUCCUUAUAUGUGUUGCUGUAUUUGAAUUAACUUUUCAGGAGCAGAAAACCAGGUACGGUGGUGUUACACUUGUGUAAUGAUGUCCUUGAGCGCGGGCUGUGACGCUCUAUUUUCUUUUGGAGCCAUAAUCUUUACUUACAGACGAAAUUUGCUGUUCCUGUUUUUUUUUUUUCUAGCAGUCGUCGGAAUUUCAGCUGUCUUGACCGACAGCUAUCCAAGUUUAACGGUCCGUUUACGCCCCGCAGCAGCCCGGACGGUGCAGGCAGCGUUCAGCACCAUGGAAAGCAGCGUGGUGCACAUUUACAAAGAGGACAGGUGUCCCACGGGACAACCGGGGGAGUGCAUCCCAAACUUCACCUGGCAACCCGUCUUAUCGGACAUCUUCAACUACACACCCAACGGCACCUGGGACGCAGAACCCGAGCCCAUGUCGCCCAUCAUCCCCAUUAUAGUCGCGGUGUACUCGGUGGUGUUUGUGGUGGGCUUGGCCGGCAAUUGUUUGGUGAUGUAUGUCAUCAUUAGAUACACCAAAAUGAAAACAGCCACCAACAUCUACAUCUUUAACCUUGCUGUGGCUGAUGCUCUGGUCACCACAACAAUGCCCUUUCAGAGCGCCGACUACUUGCUCAGCUCCUGGCCAUUUGGCAAGGUGGCGUGCAAAGUCUUCAUCUCCAUCGAUUAUUACAAUAUGUUCACCAGCAUCUUCACUUUGACCAUGAUGAGCGUGGACCGCUACGUGGCCGUGUGCCACCCCAUCAAGGCCCUGGAUUUCCGCACACCCGUCAAGGCCAAGAUCAUCAAUGUGAUCAUCUGGGUGCUGUCGUCCGCCGCUGGGAUCCCUGCCAUGAUACUUGGCAGCACAAAGACAAAUAACGGGACUACUGAGUGCGCCCUACAGUUCCCGGAACCCUACAUGUACUGGGACACCCUGAUGAAGAUCUGUGUCUUUAUCUUUGGCUUUGUGGCACCUGUCAUCAUCAUCACAGUUUGCUACACACUGAUGGUCAUGCGGCUGAAGAGCGUGCGCCUGCUGUCGGGCUCACGCGAGAAGGACCGCAACCUCCGCCGGAUCACUCGUCUGGUGCUGGUGGUGGUCGCCGUCUUUGUGGUGUGCUGGACGCCCAUCCACAUCUUUAUCUUAGUCAAGGCUCUGUCAGCCAACGUGCCCGAGACCACUGCCGUCAUGGCUGCUUACUUCUUCUGUGUGGCGCUGGGCUACACCAACAGCAGCCUCAACCCUAUCCUCUAUGCCUUCCUGGAUGAGAACUUCAAGAGGUGCUUCAGGGACUUUUGCUGCCCCGGUGCAAAAGGACACGGAGACUGUCAGGGGGUGAGCCGGGUGAGGAGCACACUGCGGGACCACUCGUGUCCCACAGAGGCCCGGGGAGAUAUGAGGCAAGCCAGGCCCGUAUGACUAGCCAUGGACAUGUCCUCCAUGCCUUAUCAGGGCUGGGAGGACUCCAAUGACCUGGGAUUGACUCAAAUCACAACUGCAAUCUGAGGGAGAGGCUAAAGAGAGGGAUAGUUGUUACUUAGUUAUCCAUAAUGUUGGUCAGAGAAUCGUAAAAAAACAAAAAACAAACAAAAAAAAAGUUCACUUCACACGUUUUUCUUAUUGUCAGCGAAUCCCAUGGAAAUACCAAAACCAGAAGAAUUGAUCCAACUAACUGGUAUUUCCUGUGUAGCAAAAACCUGAUAAAUGCCUUCACCUCACUGUCCAUAAACUAUUCAACCAGCCCCUGGAUGACAUUAUGAUGAACAUAUACACUGUAUUUUAGUUUGAGUUAAUCCCACAUACACCAUAACCUGGAAAUGCUCACUGUACCAUCAAUGUGUAUCAAUUGGCCGCUGAAAGUAGAUCCUAACAAGUACACAAUUUACUUUUGUUAGAGUAAUAUUUGUGAAAAUCUACAGUGCUGCUGUAUGAAAAUUACUUAAAAUUAAAUAAAAAUGAAACAAUAUAUUACACGUUUUUAGUGACAAUGAAUGGCUAUCAGCUUGAGGCUGACAGGGUAGAGAAGUCAGAAAGUAGUGAGAGACAGACAAACAUAUUGUUGUCCUUUCUGUGGGAUUUGUUGACAUUAAGACAAAUAUAGAAUGACAGACCUAUACAUUAAAAUUAAGUAUAGAUUAAAAGCCUAUGAGACAGUUAUUGACUGGAAGUGCAAAGAUGCCUCUGGGAUCACAGCCCAGCUACAUGCUAAAUCACUGCAUAGUAUUUCAGAAUGUAUAAAAUUUCUUCUUAGGAUAUUGAGGCUAGUUGUGUUAAAAAGCUGAAAUGUAACUCAAAGAAAGUACUUCUUUUUUUACAUUAUUUCUCACACUGUUGAUAUAUCAACAAUGAGAAGUUGAUGAGAGAUUCCCAUACAAGACAAAGUAUUUUAUUAUGUAGAUUAUUGACUCUUUGUUUACCUACCUUAUCAACUGUCCUAAAUGCUUUCACAUAAAAUACAUUAAUAUAGUUCUCACAUGCAUAGAAAUAUCAACUGGUAUUUUGUGCACAGAAUGAAAACAAGUAUGUGUCCCUGAUUAUUUUGGGAACAAACUGCAUUACAAACAUUGUUUGAAACUGUGUUUAGUGUGAAUUGUAGUUUGGUGCUUUGCUGUAUCGUAAAUUUUGUGAAAAGUCACUUUGGAAGUAAACCCAUGUAGAAUAUUUAAUACCUCUCAGGGAUCAUCCUGUGUAAUUCACCACAAGAAGACACUGAAUGAAAGUGUUUUCUCCUUGACAAAAUGGUUGUAUUUGACUUCAGUGUCAAAACAGCGGCUACUGUUCUAGCCUAACUUUGUUCUUUAAGACACACACCUCCACACCUUGAAACAUCUCCAGCUGUGAUCAUCGAGGAGAUGUUGAAUAUUGUACAUAGUUCUGUCAACCUGGCAUGUUCUCACCUUGUCUGAAAUACUAGUACGUGUUUAAACUGGGCAGAGGGCUCCAAGGCAACAGCCGACAUGACAAUAACAUAUUGUAUCUACAACAGGGCUUUUGGGGUUUUUUGCAAUUUGAUGUUUAUACAGUAAACCUCUGCUCAACAUGUUAUCCUUUCAGCUUGAUAACUAUGAUGUUUUGAGUUGAGUUUUUUCCUUUGCAAAAAAAAUCAUGUGACUAGCUUUAUAGGAGUCACCAGAUCAACCAGAAUUAUUCAAAUUAAAGGCUUGUGAGGGUAUUUCGUAAUGUAGAGCUAAUGAUUAAUAUAUAUCUGUCAAAAUCUGAUUUUGAUACAGCAGUUAUAGCAGAAAGUGUGUUUUGUGCCUUGUUUUGUGUGCCUUAUCUUGGGUCUCUGAACUUAGCUAUUCUCGUUAAUCAAAAGAUUAGCAAUUAGUCAUUUUUUGUGAUUAUCUUCUUUUUUUUUCCUUUAAGAGUAUGAAACUAUAUUCUGGUAUUAGCUUACUGCUUAAAGCUAUUGUAGCAUUAUCUCUAAGGAAGCAUUAUCUCUAAGUCCCACCGUUAGCUUGGUUACAAUAUGUGUUACUUAAUUGUUCCUAAUACUGUGACUUAUUCGAUAGACACGGUUGUAUUCAAAUGAUAGGCCGAAUUCAGUCCAGGUUUGAGCAUCAUAUGUAUAAAGUGCUGCUGCAUUGUAAAUUCAUUGUAUCUGUUGAAUAUUUUGCUGUAUCUUUCAGCUUUGAAUGUCAAAACAUGCUUCACACAUGCACAACUAAGUCACAA